AUACAAUACACACUCUCUCUUUCUCUUUCUACCAAAUCUUGUAUUUGCCCUUCUUUGUGUAUUUUUUUUGCACUAAACAUUUCUUUUCCUUUUGAUUCUCAUAUCUAUAGAUUGCCCUCUCUCUCUCUCUCUCUCUCUCUAUGUUGCCUUUUGCCCUAAAAAGAGGCACUCAUAUCCUCUUCAUAAACCCCAUCUGCUCCUGCUAGCAGCAGUCUUUUCAGCCCCCAACUUGGAGAGAGAGAUUGGUUUUUUGUUUUUUUUGUAUUCUUAAAAAAAGGAAGACCCAUUCUUUGUUCUUCUUCAAAUUUCAUUCUUUGAUACUAAAAAUCUGUUUUUUUUUUUUUAUGCGUAAAGCCUCUGUGUGAACACACACAUUAAAAACCCACUGUUUUAAUCACCGUUUGCAAUAUAGAAAGAAAGAAAGAAUUUUUAUUCAUGGCACCAAGUUUUGAUUGUGCGGUUUCAAGUUUACUAUGUGCAGAAGAUAACAUUAGCAUUUUUGAUGAUGAUAAUAAUAAAGAUUAUUGUUAUGGUGAUGUUGUGGAUGAGUUUGAGGGCAGUUGGCAUCAUGGGAAUCAUCGAAUCAAUCAUCAAGACAGAGGCUUUGAUGUUAGUUUGCCAAUGCUGAGUGAGGAGUGUUUGAGGUUGAUGGUUGAGAAAGAGUGCCAGCAUUUGCCUAAUGCAGAUUAUUUAAAGAGGCUGAGAAGAGGGGAGUUGGAUUUGGGUGCCAGAAAAGAGGCUAUUGAUUGGAUAGGAAAGGUUCAUGCCCAUUUUGGUUUUGGACCACUUUCUGCCUAUUUAUCAAUAAAUUACUUGGAUAGAUUUCUCUCUGCCUACGAAUUGCCUAAGGGUAAAGAUUGGAUGAUGCAGUUAUUGGCUGUGGCAUGUUUAUCUAUUGCAGCCAAAAUGGAGGAGACAGAAGUUCCAAUUUUCCUAGAUUUACAGGUGGGUGAAUCAAGAUUUGUAUUUGAAGCAAGAACUAUCCAAAGAAUGGAGCUUCUUGUACUCAGCACAUUAAGUUGGAGAAUGAAGGCAAUUACACCUUUCUCCUUCAUAGACGAUUUCCUUAACAAGAUCAAUAAUGAUGAAAACCCACCUACAUCUUUAAUCUUGCAAUCGAUCCAGCUCAUAUUAAGCAUAAUUAAAGGGAUUGACUUCUUGGAAUUUAGGCCCUCUGAGGUUGCAGCAGCAGUGACCAUAGCUGUUGUGGGGGAAAUCAGAACAGUGGAUGCUGAGCAAGCAAUUUUUGUUCUAUCUCAGCAUAUACAAAAGGAAAAAGUGCUCAAAUGUUUUCAACUAAUUCAAGAUUUUUCACUGAUUGGUGGGGCUAUUAAGGAUACAAAUGUUAGAAUCCUAUCUGUGCCCCAAAGUCCAAUUGGGGUGUUGGAUGCUGCAUGCCUGAGCUAUAGAAGUGAUGAAUCAACUGUUGGGUCAUGUGCAAAUUCCUCACAAGAUACUCCUGAGGCCAAAAGGAAGAAACUAAAUAAACCAUGGGAGUGAUGAAAGAUGGAAUUUCAGAGAGGACCUUAUUUCAAUUUUCCAAAAUCUGAAGUUUUGGUGUGUCUGAAAAUGAAGGUGCUGCCAAAAGGAGAUAGAGGGAAAAAAAUUAAAAGAAAAAGAAAAUGGCAGAAAGAGAAAAAUGGAAAAUGCACAGGAGGAAUAUAAAUUCAAUAAGUUGGGUCAUGGUAGGAGGAUGGAGCCUGGAGGGGGGGCAGAAGUGGAAAAGAAAAUGUUUCAUGCACUUGCCAUGAACAGAACCAGCUGUUAAAUAUUAGAUUUCUUAACAGCUACAAACAAGUAGAGAUAAGAAAUAUAUUGGUUACAGUUUUUUUUU